AUGUCUUUCCUUCAUAAUCAUUCUUGCGAGUGCGUUAAGUCAGAAUUGGAUUUGUUUGCACUACCGUCUACACAAACUAGCAUUGAAAAUGGAUUGUGGAUUCAUUAUAAACCAAUUUCAUCUCUUGGUGAUGAUGGACCUAUCGAGUUUCAAGUUCCUGGGACCGGCGAUGACUACAUAGAUUUGUCUCAUACAUUACUCCACAUAAAGGCAAAAGUAUUAAAUCAAGAUUCAACUAACUUGGUAUCUACUACAAUAGUAGCACCUGUAAAUAAUUGGCUGCAUUCACUUUUUAGUCAACUUGAUGUUUAUUUAAACCAAAAACUUGUAUCACCACCUAAUAAUACCUAUGCAUAUCGAGCAUACAUGGAAACCCUUUUAAACUAUGCCCCUGCUGCUAAACAAUCUCAUCUUACUUGUAGUCUUUGGUAUGAGGAUACAGCAGGAAAAAUGGAUUCUACAGAUGGUAAAAACAUAGGAUUUGUUAAAAGACAGGAAUUGAUUAGUGAAAGUAAGGAAAUAGAAAUGAUUGGUCAUCUUCACGGUGACAUUUUUAACCAAGAUAAAUUUUUAAUUAAUGGUGUUGAAAUGAGUGUUAAAUUGGUUCGAUCAAGAGAGAGUUUUAAUUUAAUUGUUGGGUCGAACGAUGUAAAGUUUAAAGUUUGCAUUACGGACGCAACUCUUAUUGUUCGACGAGCACGAAUUAAUCCAAGUGUAUUACUCGCACAUCAAAAAGUUUUAGCUUCUACCACUGCUAAAUAUCCUAUUACUCGAGCUGAAGUAAAAGUUUUAACAAUUCCUUCGGGUGUUCAAGGAAAAACUGUUGAUAAUAUAUUUUUAGGACAGGUACCGAAAAGAUGUAUAAUUGGAUUUGUGAACAAUUCUGCAUUUAAUGGUUCCCUUACUAAAAAUCCAUUUAACUUUGAAAACUAUGGUAUUAAUUCUUUCAGCUUAUAUAUUGAUGGUCAACAAAUACCUUCAAAAGCUUUGCAACCAUCUUUUAAUAAUAGCAUAUUUACAUCAGCAUAUCAUACUCUAUUCUCGGGAACUGGUAUUCACUUUCUUAAUGAAGGAAAUGGAAUCUCUUGUGAACAGUAUGGCAAAGGUUACUGUCUAUUAGCAUUUGACUUAACUCCUGAUUUAUCAGCUAACUCAUCAACUCAUUGGAAUCUCAUAAAGCAUGGUAGUGUAAGAUUACGAUUUGAAUCCUCAUUAAUACAAACAAUUAACUGUAUAGUUUAUGCUGAGUUUGAUAAUAUUAUUGAGAUAGAUAAAAACAGAAAUGUUACUGUAGACUAUAGUAGUUAA